AUGUUUUCGUGGGAAUCCACUGGUUAUGCCACAUCCCAUGAACGUGGGCAUGGUUUUCCCACCCUCGGCGCUGGUCGGCAAUAUCGGCGAUACACUCAGAUCACUGGGAUCAUUCCGAAUCAGUUCGACGAGCCCGAAAACCUUGUGCAUAGUCAAAGCCAACAGGAAAUGUUUCUGGGACAGUAUUCAGUAUAUGACAAUUCUAUGACUUUCCACAUAUUGUACAAGAACUACGGGGUCUAUCAGGAUGCAAAUUGGAUUGUUAGAAUCUACAAGAAAAUCGACGGGUCCUCAAAAAUGAAUUGGACCACUAAAUGGGGCACAGCGUCCGAAAUCCUCAUACAUUCUGGCCCGUCUCAACGCCGAAAAGAGUCUCAAUCGCUAAAUAUACAUGCUGGGCAGUCGUCAGAACUGCUACUCGCCAUUUCAUCACAUUUGUGCUCUUCCCGCGUUGACUUCUUCACAUGCCUGUUGAUCGCAACACAUCCGAGCGGAAACGGAAGCCCCGCACUGAGCACGCGCCAUACAAACCACGUCAGCCCGAAGUCGUUGUUGACAGGUGGCGAGGACGAAAUUGUUGACCAGGUUAACCACGAGAUGGCACUUAAGAGGGGUGAGAUUGAGGAGAUCGAGUCUGAUGACGAGGAGGAGGAUGAACAGGAGGAGGAUAUUGGAAUAGGCGAGUUAAGGAGUUUAUGUGAGAAAGUGGAACGCCUCUCCCUUAAAUAUGGAGACUCCGAGACCUGCCUAGACCUCUCUCGAAGUCUGAGGCAGUUUCGAAUCCAGUUGAGGAGGGUGGAGACAGCGAAGGCGAGGCAGACGUCGCUGAACGAGUGGUUCAGCAGCAGAGAGUCACACUAG